AUGCAAUCCGGCCUCGCCGUUGAUUGGCCCGGUGGUUGGGCAGAAAAUGCAAUUUUACCUUACAUAUUGUUGAAUUCCACCCUUUCUGGCAAGUCGAGUCGGCAGAUCGGACGAAAACCUAAACUGAAGCUCGUUUCUCCCAUUUCCAGAUAUUGCUCGAACACACCUCAAAUCACCGGCAACAAGACUAACAUUAUGGGGCUGGGCCAACUCGCUUCGCGAGCUCUCAUCAGAUCAUCACGACUCGCCGCCACCAAACCCACCCACCUCGCCCGCCGCACCAUCGGCUCCACGCCAGACCUCCACAACGCCGAAGCCGCUGCCGCGGCGGCGCAGCCGGAACCAGAUCUCCCCAAGCGGAACCCGGUGGCCGGCGCCCGGGUUCACUUCCCCAACCCGGAUGACGCCAUCGAGGUGUUUGUUGAUGGGUACCCCGUGAAAAUCCCCAAGGGGAUGACCGUGCUGCAGGCUUGCGAGAUUGCUGGCGUGGAUAUCCCGCGGUUUUGCUAUCACAGCCGCCUCUCGAUAGCGGGAAACUGCCGCAUGUGCCUGGUUGAGGUUGAGAAAUCGCCCAAACCCGUGGCCUCGUGCGCCAUGCCUGCACUACCCGGAAUGAAGAUUAAGACUGAUACACCUCUAGCCAAGAAGGCAAGAGAGGGAGUGAUGGAGUUUCUUUUAAUGAACCAUCCAUUGGACUGCCCAAUUUGUGAUCAGGGUGGGGAGUGUGAUCUUCAAGAUCAGUCCAUGGCAUUUGGUUCUGAUCGAGGACGUUUUACUGAAACAAAGAGAUCAGUGGUUGACAAGAAUCUUGGGCCCCUGGUCAAAACGGUGAUGACUCGAUGCAUUCAAUGCACAAGGUGUGUAAGGUUUGCAACAGAAAUAGCUGGUGUUCAAGAUCUUGGAAUGUUGGGUCGUGGUAGUGGAGAGGAAAUUGGAACUUAUGUAGAACGGCUAAUGACAAGUGAAUUGUCCGGGAACGUGAUAGAUAUUUGUCCUGUAGGAGCCCUGACCUCAAAGCCUUUUGCCUUUAAAGCCCGUAACUGGGAGCUGAAAGGAACUGAGAGCAUUGAUGUAACAGAUGCCGUUGGUUCUAAUAUUCGCAUUGAUAGUAGAGGUCCUGAAGUCAUGCGCAUUGUGCCUCGAUUGAAUGAGGACAUCAAUGAGGAGUGGAUAUCAGACAAGACACGCUUCUUCUAUGAUGGUCUGAAGAGGCAGAGGCUAAACGACCCAAUGAUUCGUGGUGCAGAUGGACGCUUUAAGACUGUAAGUUGGCGUGAUGCUCUUGCUGUAGUAGCAGAGGUCAUCCACAAAGUCAAACCAUCAGAAAUUGUUGGUGUUGCUGGAAAGUUAUCUGAUGCAGAGUCUAUGAUGGCUCUAAAAGAUUUCCUGAACAAGUUGGGGUCAAAUAACAUCUGGUGUGAAGGAAACGGUCCAAAUCCUAAUGCCGACCUGCGUUCUGGAUAUAUUAUGAACACUAUCGCCUACGUGGGCCCACCGGCCGACUUCAACUACGACCACGAACACCUCGGCACGGGCCCGGAAACGCUCUCCGAGCUCGCCGAAGGCCGCCACCCGUUCACCUCCGUCCUCUCGAGCGCCAAGAACCCUGCCAUAAUCGUGGGGGCCGGAGUCUUCGAGCGCAAGGACAAAGACGUCAUUUUCUCGACCGUCGAGAAAAUCGCCCGAAACUCGAACGCGAUCCGUCCCGACUGGAACGGGCUCAACACUUUGCUCCUCAACGCUUCUCAGGCCGCCGCCCUCGACCUCGGCCUCGUGCCGGAAUCCGGCAGCAGCGUCGAGGCUGCCAAGUUCCUCUAUCUGAUGGGGGCAGACGAUGUCGACUUGGAGAAGCUUCCGGAAGAUGCGUUUGUGGUGUACCAGGGCCACCAUGGGGACAGAGGGGUGUACCGGGCGAACGUGAUUUUGCCGGCUUCAGCUUUUAGUGAGAAGGAGGGUAUUUACGUAAAUACGGAGGGUUGUGCUCAGACGACGGUGCCUGCAGUGCCGACUGUUGGGGAUGCGAGGGACGAUUGGAAAAUUAUUAGGGCGCUGGCUGAGGUGGCGGGAGUCGAGCUAAUGUACAAUACAGUUAGUGAUUUGCGGAAUCGGAUGAGGACUGUGGCGCCUAACCUUGUGGUGGUUGACGAGAGGGAGCCGGCGGUUUUCUCGAGCUCGGUUUUGAGGCCUGAGGUGAAGGAGAAGAUGGAUAAUAAGGUGCCGUUUGGAGUUGCGGUCGAGAAUUUCUACAUGACUGACUCAAUUACGCGGGCGUCGAAGAUCAUGGCGCAGUGCAGCAGCGUGUUGUUGAAGAAGUGCCCUGUUUGGGUAUUCUUUUUCUCCUCUUCUGUAUUUUCGUUUGUUGAAUUUAUAAUAUACAUUGGGGUGCUGGAGAAUAAGCAUGUGAUACACAUGAUCAAAACUACACAAAACAGGGGAAACCAAAAUAAAGUAGAAAUAGAAAAAGGAUUUUCUGAGAAGGUGUUUAUGUAUAACUCAUUCUGGCUUCUCUGGAGCUAUCUUGGAAUAAGAAGAGAUGCCAGACUGAACGAACGAGCUCUCCCAAUUCUGCCCGUCAAAUUGCCUCAUCUCCACAUUCUUCAAAGUCCCCGAGUCAACACAAUUGACCGUGACCCCCACACCAUCAGGAUUCGACCUCGGGAUGUAAAAAGAAGUUAUGCCGCAAAUUCUGCAGAAAGUAUGUUUCGCUGUAUGCGUCCCGAACGUUUCGAAAUCUUGGGAUGGGACAACGAAGUGCGUGUUUCCUCUCAUAGAGCAAUCGGAGCAGUUGCAUUGCCAGGCCACAACGCUUGGUGGGGCCCGCACGCGCCACCUCACUCUCUUGCAGUGACAUCCACCACAGUGGAUCACAAGUUCAGAGUCCAUUUGGUGGAACUAUUAAUCUGUGGAAUGAAACGGAUGGGUUAG